AUGAAUAUGAUAUUUCUUGGUGCAAAUAACUUCACCACAUUGAUGUUGCAAUCCAAAAAGCUUAUGCACCAUGUGUUCCCCAAAUUUUGUAUAUUACAGAAUCUCUAUUACGCUUCAAUUGCACAACCAGAAACCAUAGCCAGAAACGUAAACACACAAAUACACACUCUUUCAUUACAAGGAAACCUUGAAAAAGCACUUUCACUUGUUUACACCAACCCUUCUUUAACCCUUCAAGACUAUGCAUUUCUCUUCCAUGCUUGUGCUCAGAAAAAAUACAUCAAACAAGGCAUGGCAUUGCAUCAUUACAUACUUAACAAACACCCCAAAAUUCAAAAUGAUAUUUUUCUUACUAAUAACCUCUUAAACAUGUACUGUAAAUGUGGCCAUUUAGAUUAUGCACGCUACCUGUUUGAUCAAAUGCCGAGAAGAAACUUUGUUUCUUGGACUGUUCUUGUUUCUGGGUAUGCGCAGUUUGGUUUAAUUAGAGAGUGUUUCGCUUUAUUCUCUGGUAUGUUGGCGUGUUUUCGACCCAAUGAAUUUGCUUUUGCAAGUGUGCUCUGUGCUUGUGAAGAGCAAGAUGUUAAAUAUGGCUUGCAGGUACAUGCUGCUGCUUUGAAAAUGUCGUUGGAUUUCAGUGUAUAUGUUGCAAAUGCUCUUAUUACGAUGUAUAGCAAGUGUUCUGGUGGUUUCGGUGGAAGUUGUGAUCAAACCACGGAUGAUGCGUGGAUGGUGUUCAAGUCGAUGGAGUACAGAAAUCUUAUAUCUUGGAAUUCGAUGAUUUCAGGUUUUCAAUUCCGUGGACUUGGCGACAAAGCUAUUGGUCUGUUUGCGCAUAUGUAUUGCAAUGGAAUUAGGUUUAACAGUACCACGUUACUCGGUGUUUUAUCUUCUUUGAAUCAUUGCAUGAGUACUUCGGAUGACAUCAACAACACACAUCAUCUGAAGAACUGUUUUCAAUUACACUGUCUCACAGUUAAAAGUGGUCUUAUUUCAGAAGUUGAAGUGGUAACUGCAUUGGUAAAAUCCUAUGCAGACCUAGGGGGUCACAUUUCUGACUGUUUUAAGCUCUUCCUUGAUACAAGCGGUGAACAUGAUAUUGUGUCAUGGACUGCUAUUAUUUCUGUGUUUGCAGAGCGCGAUCCUGAGCAAGCUUUCCUUCUUUUCUGUCAACUUCAUCGAGAAAAUUUUGUGUUGGACCGGCACACAUUCUCAAUUGCCUUAAAAGCUUGCGCGUACUUUGUCACUGAGAAAAAUGCAACCGAAGUUCACUCACAAGUAAUGAAACAAGGGUUUCACAACGACACAGUUGUUUCAAAUGCCUUGAUACAUGCUUAUGGGAGGUCUGGCUCCUUAGCUUUGUCUGAACAAGUUUUUACCGAAAUGGGUUGCCACGAUUUGGUUUCUUGGAAUUCAAUGCUCAAGUCUUAUGCCAUUCACGGUCGAGCUAAAGAUGCACUGGAUCUCUUUAAGCAAAUGGAUGUUCAUCCAGAUUCUGCAACCUUUGUUGCGCUUCUCGCGGCAUGCAGCCACGCUGGACUUGUUGAAGAAGGAACACAAAUUUUCAACUCUAUGACUGAAAGUCAUGGUAUUGCUCCUCAUUUAGAUCACUAUUCCUGCAUGGUUGACCUUUACGGACGAGCUGGAAAGAUAUUUGAGGCAGAGGAGUUGAUACGCAAAAUGCCAAUGAAACCUGAUUCUGUAAUUUGGAGUUCAUUACUCGGAUCUUGCAGGAAGCAUGGUGAGGCUGACUUGGCCAAAUUGGCAGCCGAUAAAUUCAAAGUGUUAGAUCCUAAAAACUCGUUGGCGUACAUACAAAUGUCAAACAUAUAUUCCUCUGGAGGUAGUUUUAUUGAAGCUGGAUUGAUUCGGAAGGAAAUGAGAGACUCUAAAGUGAGAAAAAGACCUGGUUUAAGCUGGGUUGAGGUCGGGAAGCAGGUUCAUGAAUUCACAUCUGGUGGCCAACAUCAUCCGAAAAGGCAGGCUAUAUUGAGCCGGCUCGAGACAUUGAUUGGACAAUUGAAAGAAAUGGGCUAUGCUCCAGAGAUUGGCUCAGCUUUGCAUGACAUUGAAGUGGAGCACAUAGAAGACCAAUUGUUUCAUCAUAGUGAGAAGAUGGCAUUGGUAUUUGCUAUAAUGAAUGAAGGAAUUUCGCCUUGUGCUGGAAAUGUCAUUAAAAUUAUGAAGAAUAUUCGUAUUUGUGUGGAUUGUCAUAACUUUAUGAAAUUAGCGUCAAAACUGUUUCAGAAGGAGAUUGUCGUAAGAGAUUCAAAUCGCUUUCACCAUUUCAAAUAUGCAACAUGCUCUUGUAAUGACUAUUGGUAA